AUGCUCUCCAGGAUGUCGCACAAGGAGAUUCUCCAGCUGGCAAAGACGGCGGUGAUCCCGCCGCUGAAACCGGAGUUUCACAAGGGCCAAUGCGGCCGCGUAUGCGUGAUCGGUGGGUGCGAGGAUUACACAGGAGCGCCAUACUUCAGCGCGCACUCCGCGGCGCUGUUCGGCGCAGACCUCACGCACGUUAUGUGCGAGCUGAACGCGGCGCCCGUGAUCAAGAGCUACUCGCCCAACCUCAUGGUGCAUCCGUACCUGCGGGAGACCGGGGUCGGCGAGACGCCGUUUGACAAGAUCCAGGGCCUGUUGGACCGCAUGCAUGUCUGCGUCGUGGGCCCGGGCCUGGGACGCGACCAGCAGAUGCUGGAGUCCGUGGUCAAGAUUUUGGAGUACCUCGCCACGAAGCACAAGGGCGAGACGCCCGUCGUGUUGGACGCCGACGGGCUGUUCCUGGUCUCGGACGAGACCUACUCGCGCAAGGUGUGCGACCUGCUGCGGAGCUUCAAGCCCGGGCGCGUGGUGCUGACGCCCAACGUCGUGGAGUUCAAGCGCAUAAUCGAGCGGCUCGGAGUUAAAUCCGGCGAGGACGUGGCGCGCGAGCUACAGUGCGUAGUGGUGCAGAAGGGCGGCGACGACCAGAUCUGGUACGAUGAAGGGGUGGUUAAGUGCUCGAGCCCUGGCAGCAACAAGCGCGUGGGUGGCCAGGGCGACACGCUCACGGGUGUGAUAGCGACUAUGCUGGCAUUCAGCCGCGCCACGCACGAUUUCAAGAUAUGGGAGCCUUCCAAGAAAAUCGAGUGGAUGCAGAUGGUCGUCGCGAGUUGCUACGUAGGCAGCGCGAUAACGCGCGAGUGCUCGCACAUGGCGUUCGAGAGACACGGCCGCGCGAUGCAGACUACCGACGUCAACGACCGCGUGGGCGACGCCUACGACGCCUUGCUGGGCGUCAAAUGA